AUGAACUGGUUUGGUGUAUCGAUAUUUGUCAAUCUCCUUCUUUUCUCCAUUCUUUCUGUCCACUUAACAUCGUCGGCUAGUUUUCCCAAUCCACCUCAGAAGCCGCCAUCAAAUGCAUCACCAGAUGAACAAGCGCUUUUCUGGAAAUUAUUACAUAAUUAUUAUGCGAUCAUCGCUCGACCUCGGUUCGGCAAACGCUCGGAGUCGUUCGUUAAACAGCCAUCAUAUUUAGAAACUGGUCAUUUUGAUUCCGCACCAUCUGCUUCAUCGGAAUAUGAUAUGGAUCGUUUCAAUCAUCCGAUCAAUGUUGACAGUGUUUAUACAUUCGAAAAUUCAGAUAAAAAACGACGUCGACGACGAUAA